GUCUGCCCGCCUGCAGCUUAACCCCAAACUCGGAGCUGCUCCCUGCAGACAGCCCCGUGGUGACCCAGCAGCCUGCCCUGUGCUGCUGCCUGCCCUGUGCUGCUGCCUGCCCUGUGCUGCUGCCUGCCCUGUGCUGCUGCCUGCCCGCCCGCUCAGCGUUCAGACACGGCCAGGCAGGGCUGCGCCUCCGGGUCAGCUGCUGAAGCUCAGUGCUCCUCUUGUAACCGUGUCAGAAUAUUGUCUUUGUAUCGCUGCCAGGGUCUGUCGUGAGCAAACAAGUGGCUUUCUCCAGCAAUUGCUUGAUAGCUGUACAGCUAGGGUUAUUUUAAGGUGGUUUUAUCUGUUUUAGGCUCAAACGACACAAAGCUCCCAGGGCGGUGAGCUGAGCAGCAGCAGAAAGCUGUGGCUGUGUUCUGUAGGGAGGCUCACAGCCGGUGUGCAGCCCUGCAGCCGUCGAUGCUUUGUGGUGCGUUGUUGGAGGGCUCCCUCUGCCACCAGCAGCUUCUCAGCCUUCCCCCCAUUGAGCACAGGGAGAGCUGAGUUAACACAGCUGUGGGUCAGGAGUGUGAGAACUGAGCACAGGGGGAAGUUUCUCUUAAACAAGUGGAAGGGAGACCUGUGAUGCCGCUGUUAGAGGGCAGCCAUGCCGACCCUGCUGGUGUCAGCUAGGCUUGCUUGUGGCAGAGAGCUCCUGUGGCAGAAUCCUGGGGAAAUGGGCAUUUGUUUUUCUUUAAGCACUGUUUUUAGCCGCCUGAGAGCAGCAAGGAAGCGCCAGGUAUCAGGCAGUGCAUUUCAUUCCUCGUUUAUGUCAGGAAAUUGCUCGGUCGUUUGCUUGACUGACAAAGAAUCCGAGUUCAGACCUGAGUUCUGGGGAAGCCCUGUGCAGCUGUGAGCCACAUCUCCUGCUGGGUCUCUGUGCUCAUCCCUGCUCUGAAGAUGCAUGCUAGAAUGUUCUGCUUCUGUUUGUGCCGCCGAAGGCUGCGCAGGUUAAAUUGUGUCCUUGCAGGUGCCUCACUGUGCUGUCCUCUCUGUGGCUUUUGGCACCUGUGCCAUUUGAAUUUCGGAGGGCUGCUCUCCCGGUGCACUGCCUUGAUGAUUUCGGUGUUGGUUUUCAGGGCUGGCUUGAGGAAGGUGGUAGAAACUUCAUUCUGCUUGUGCCCGUGUAGUCAGCUCUGUCAAAAUGCUGUUCCCUGUUGUCUAAGUGGCUUCCUUGAGUGUAUUGAUUUAGCUGCAGACUGAAGCUUUUCUUACUUUAAUUUCCUGCUGCUGACUGCUUAGCUUAGCAAGGGGUGAGGAGAUGGGCAGCUGCACAGCACAGUCAUUAACCUGGAAGGGGUCCCUGGUCUUUGGAGUGACCUCCUCCCUUCCAGGUGCUGAGUGCAGGGACACAAGGGUUGGGCUGCUCCUGCAGCUCCUUGGGCUCUUCUCUCUACAGGGUGGAUGAGGUUGGACUCUGAUAAAGGCAGCUGUGUUUCACAGGGCUGUGCUUGAAUGGUUAAAACACAGCUGAGAAAAGGCAGGAUUAGUCCUCUGGGCACAGCAGGGGACACACUGCAUGGGCUUCAUGCACAUCAGCCUUCUUCCUGGGACCUCAUUACAGGACAGCACCUGGAGCACUGCUGGUCCUGUUCAGCCAGGAGACUCAUCUGCAGGAAAACCACGGCUUUCUCAUUACUUCUGAAUGACUGGCAUUUGGAAGGCCGAGUAGCUCCUUGAUGACUUCUACGUUUUAAUUGCCCUUGACUGUCUCUUUUAGGUUGUGGGGUAUUCUGGCUAACUUGGAAGUCCACAGCCCAGAGGUGAUGUUGGUGUUGGGAAGCAGCGUUCAAGCAUGGCACAGCUACUUGUCUCAUUAAUGAGCAAAACUCUCUUUCCAAACAGUACUGGCAGGUUGCCACUUGCAGAUUUAUCAUUAUCUCUAAUUAGAGUGUGUGUGUGUAGGAGAACCUAAUCACCUUGAACAGGUACAGGCUUUCAAGGAGAGUAUCUUUAGGUAAGUAUUAAUUCAUCAGAGGUUGGCAUUGGCUCUUAUGACCGAGGUUCUGGAUGUGGGCUGCCUUCUCCCAGCAGCUUGCUCUUAUUUCAGCUAGCUCGAGUUUCGUGCUGUCUCCUACAGGUUUGGUGCCUUAAAGCAGUGCCAAACGGAGAAGGAAAAAAAAUAUUUCAUGCUGUGUCUAAUUUGCUCAUAGUUAUGAUGCAAAAGGCUCCCGGCCAGAUCGUGGCCUCAGCUCCCCUUUCAGUGCUGGGCAGUGCUCCUGCAGGAACGAGCUGGUGCCUGGAGCAGAUUAGCUGUCCUGCCUGCCCUGCCCUGCUGUGGGGAGGGGACGGCAGCUUGCUUCCCUGGAAAAGCUGCUUCCCAGAACGGGCUUCUUCGAAUAGCUCUGUUUAUCCAGCAGUUAACUCUUGGUUAGCAUUUUAAGAUCUUAAGUACAGCCCGGAAGGUUCUUUCCUGGAUCCUGCUGAGAGCUGGGGCAGUGGGCUCACCGAGGACCACAGAAGAACUGGGGGCUUCCAGAAGAUGCCUCUGGUCCCAACCCCCUGCAUGGUGUAGUGCCACUCUGUGAGGACAGCCAGGGCUUUUUGCUGCUGAGCUUUGACUUAUCCCCAAGGUAUGAGGCUGCACAGCCUCUGCAGGCCCUUCUGCCAGCGUAGGACCAGCCUCUGGGUCGAAAUGUCUUCCUUAUACUUAAUCUUCACUUAAUAAAGUGAAUGGAGAGAUGCUUCCCUACAGCGGUUUUAUAGCACCUCAUCUCUCUGCGAGCACAGAAGUAGCUGAAUGUCCUUGACCAUUUUUCAUCCUCCAGGUGAUGGAAACAUGCAGGUUUUCAAGACAGCCCCGUGGCUGUGUGGUAACUCCGAGCUGCUUGUAUUUAACGAGCAUUUUUGUGGUGCUUGUUCCCAGUCAUCUCGUUUUCACAGGAUGCUUGCUUUAUCCAUAUGGCGCUCUGCUGUUAAUCACUGUUCAUUUUCCUGUUUUUGAGGAAUCCCAUCUUGGGUGCUUUGUAACCAGAGACACGAUGCAAGUCAAAGCAGUGCUCGAGCUGUCAGUUUGCAGGCCAGGUUCCUCUGUUCCCAGAUUACUGCUGCAUGCAGGGAGUCCCUCAGCUCUUGAAUCUGGCAUGAUGGCCCAUGUGCUUUAUUGGAUGAAGUUGCAGCAAAAGUAAGUGGUUUACUGCAGUGAGGUCUGUGUUUUGAGGUGGCCAGAGGAGCAGUGCCCUCUGUUAUUGUGGGCUGUAGGUGCAACUUGCAGUUCUGUCUCAAGGUGGACUUCAGACAGCAUCGCUCAUGCUGCAGUUUUAGUUCCUGGAGAUGAUUGUGAGUAUGGGUAAUAACUAUGGGCUCAGCUGCAUGGGUACCUAUGGGAGAGCAGUUCCCAUCCGACCAUUUCUGGUAUCAAAUGGUUCGGCUUUUAUUGUGGUGCUUGUUCAGGGCUCCCUGGUUUGAAUUGUUUUCCAUUCAGUGCUCUGUGACUCACCUCUGGACCACUCUGCCCUCACCUAUGGGCUGUUUCCAUGCUGCAGCAGGUCAGACUGCUGAACCUUUCCGUAUCAUAUCCUGCUUGCAUAUUCAUUACACUGUAGCUAGGUAACUGAUAAUUGUAGGUGACUUGAGUGCACAGUGACAUCAGAGCCCUCUGCUCCUUGCAGGGCCCUCAGACCCACAGCUGAUGGCAGUGCUGGAGUCGCUCUGAAACAUGAGUUGUGCCCUGGGACUCUUGGAAGUCCCUGCAUUGGAGUGUGCUUGAAGAUGGGGCUGGUGGAGGUGUUAGAUUCCCCACCGAGUCUUCAUUAUGCCGUUCAAUUAUUUUUAAUCGUUCCUCCGUCAGCCUGGCAGGGCCCUUGAUACGUUUUAUACCAACCUUUGUUUGGUUUUGAUCGAGAAGCUUGUUUAAUAAUUAAUGGCUUCAUUUCUCUUUGUCUGACGACUGCAGGCGGACGGGGCGUGCUGCAGCUGGGGCUGGCUGUGCUGCUCCUGGGUCAGCCGCUGCUGACUCACACGGCUGCGUGUGCUGAGCCUCCAGGCCCUGCAAACAUCAACUUCAGAAUUAAAGAUGCCAAUUGGAAGGCACGGUACGGCGGGGCCAUUGGCACAGCUCAGCUGGCAGCAGGAAGCAGAGCACGUCCCCUUGGCUCCUCGCUCCUGGUCACGCAGUGCUGUGUUGUGCUGCUCAGCAUUUACAUGUGCUGUGAUGAAAUUCUGCAGCGUAAGUGUGCAGUCUGGCUUACGUGUGCAUGUCAGGAGUGAGCUGUCACACUGUGUGCAUCCAGCAGCCCUUCCCUUCACGCUCCUUUGGGCCACGCUGCGUUUCUGUCAACCUUCCUGAGCUUUUUUUUUUUGCCUUUCCUCUUAAAUCUUCCUCUUCAGGAUAGGAUAUUCCUGCUCUGAAAUCACGACUGAAUAGAUGUGUGUCCCCACCGUGACUUGGAGGAGGGCCUUCAUUUCCUAAAAAUAGUCUUAAUUCCCCAUGUCUUUCUAGAUAAAGAGCACUGUGCAGGCAUGCACAGCAGGUUGGAGUGGUUUCUGCACUGCAUGGAAAGAUAAAUAUGGUGCUGUAGGAGUCGGUGCCUUGCCUUUCCUUCUUUAACAUGAAGCAGUGAUGCCUAAAAUCUGUUAUUAGCAGCUAAAGGUUUCUGCUAAGCACUUUAUAAGGAGCAGAGCAGAAAAUGAUGUCCUUCACACCUACUGCUUGUGUAUUGCUGCUGUAUGCAGAAGACCUCCUUCCUUUAGGCUUGGGGGUUGGUGUGGAUGCCUCAGCUGUGUGGCUGUGUUGUUAACGAAGGGAGAAGGUCCCUUUUCCUCAGCACAGCCACACAGUGCUGUGUGCUGGCAGUGAGCUGUGGGCAGCCACGUGCUGGGACACAGCAGGGCUGCUCAUAGCCAAUGCCUGCCCUGUGUGUGUCUGUUCACAACCUCUCUUUUUUCAGAUCUCCUGUGAUUGUGGAGGGCGAUGGCCCUUGUUGGAGGCAUGUAAAGCAUGGAGGUCAUGGCUCAGAGCAGCUCGCAGGGCUCCUGCCAGCAGGGCAGAGUGCCUUUUGUCUCUGGGUGGAUCAUAGGCAAAAGUGGAGCAUGUGCUUCAAUGAGCAUCUUUCUGCCUUGCAAUGUGCAGAAGAUGUGCAGCAGGUGAGCGGUGCCACCUGAGCCUGCAGUUUGUUAGGAGUUAAACCAAAGGUUGAAUCUUAACUUCAUUAAAUCCUUUUUUGGAGGCCCUCCUGAACCUGAUCGUGGUCAGGUGUAGGAUCUGCGUGCUUUGGAAGCCCCAUCCUUUGUUAUUGGGAUGGAUGCUUCCAAGCAUUGCUGUUUCCAAGCGUGUAGGGGUGUGCACACAUCUUACUCUGACUGAUGCUACAAGCUCUGCAUUUGCCAUUUAUUGUUCCCGUGUUACCACUUAGGUGUUACUCAGCAGAUCUUGUGGAGCAGAAAGUGCUACAGGUUUAUUAUGUGUGGUCAGGUGAAACUAAUACACGGCUUCAUCCAAGCAGUUUUUCCUUUCCUUGUUGCUCACGUAUCUGCUUUGCUGUGAGACUGCUGCAGGCUCCCAUCUGAGCCUCUCCUGGGAUGUAAUUUCUGCAAGCAGCAGGAGGUGAGGCAGUUCUCAGGCAAAAUGGCUUUUGGUUUGAGGUCUUUUAUUUCCGUGCUGCUGGUAGGUUGCUGCAUCUUUCAUGGGAAUGGUACAAAAGGUGACAGAAUCGUCUCAGCCUCAUGUAGUUUAAAUUGAACGUGCACUGCACCCCCUCAGCUCCUAUUGUUGCUUUGCAUUUUUCCUUUCUUUGUCUCAAGACAGCACGUGGGGCUCCUGUUUGAAGCUGUUUGGUGUUCACAGCCGCUGCGUCUUGCUAAGGAUCGACUGGGAGUGCUGUGUGGCUGGAUAUGUGUUAAGUAUUUGGUCAUGUACUGUGAUCUCUUUAUAGAUACCGGAUUACACAAUAUUAGUCCCACUAUUUGCUUUGGAAUAUUUUUAUCAGUGGUGCGGUCACAGCAAGUCUGUGGAUGGUACAUAUUGAGCAGAGAGGCUGCUGUGCUGGAAAGUGCACCAUCAGGUGGGAAAUCCAGGAGGUGGGUUUUCAUUGGGGAUAGGGGCCGAGCACUGGGGCCCUGCAGUGCGUUCCUGGUGGUGCUCAAACUCAGGUUCCAUAGGGUGCUGAGCAGCCCAGUCUGGUUGCUCCUGCAUUGAGCAGGUUGCACUUGAGGCAUCCCGAGGUGCCACCCAACCUCUGUUAAUGUAUGGUUCUGUCCUUGUGUUGUUCCUGCUCUGCUCUCUCUGUGGGUGAGGUCCAAAUUGUGACAAAGGGAUGUGGGAUAGGAGUGCCCAUAGGGGUGUACCUUGUAGUGGUUGGGGCUCACUGCUGUGCAUUGCACUGGGAGAUAAGCAGGGUCCACUGUGAGUCUGAAACCCCCCUUUGGUGGGCAGUCAGCAAGGACGCUGGUGCUUUAAGUGUGGUGCAAGCAAUGCAGCUGCACUGCGUGCUCUGUGCCUGCUAUGAGGUGGUUCUUUUAAUAGUACUGAGUGUUUAGUUUUGUAGAAACCAGUGGUGCUCAUCAAACUGCUCCAGCCCAAGCGUAGCUGCAGUGGUUCCUGCACUGUUUGGUUCUUGUACUGUAUGCAGCAAUUGUACUUUCUUUCCUUCAAUCGGUACAGUUUUAUUCUCUAAAGUUAAAGUCAGACCAGAGGAAGGGCUCCUGUCUGAUAUUUGGGGGUUGACAAGCCAAUACAAAUGCACGCAUGUCAUUUAGGAUGUGAUUAAACUGCUUUGCUGUGGGUUUCAUUAAGGGGUGUGUAAAUACAGGAUUCUGCUGGACCAUGGGAGCUGUAGACCUGGCUGAGCUCCCAUCCCUUAGGAGCUGAAGGAUAGGAACUGUGCCACGUUCUCACCUGUGUGCUGUGUCUGUGUAGCUGCUGGGACAUCUGCAGCCCUAAGAUGCCUUUACAGUACAGUGUUGAAUAUCUUGGGCUUCUCCAGUUCGGGAGCAUCGCAGGUUAAUGUGUGACCUGUCAUCCCUCGUGGAACACUGCUGUGAUGUCACUUGAAACGUGACGUGGGAACAAGGCUUUUGCUUUUGACUUCCCAAUGCACGACAGCUGUAAGCAGGCAUAUCAACAGUUGGGCCGUGCUUGCUGAUGGGAGCAGGAGGAAGGUCUUCUGGACGAUCUGGUUGUAUGAGUUCAGUUCCACAAUCCCUCCAAACGCUGCAGGACGGUGCUGGCACAUCUGCAGUGAAGCAGGUGGUGCUGGGAGUGCACAGCUGGGCUCUCCUGGCUGCUGCCACAGGAGCUGCUGUCAGCUGCAAUGCCCCCUGUGUUGUGCAAGUAAAUGCUGUUGCUACCGUCAGGUGUGCUUCUAGUUUACAGUUGGGGUUUAUUUAUGGAACUGCUGGUUUAUCUGCACUGCUGAUUUCACGUGCUCCUCUCUGAGUGCUGUCACACCCCGUGUGGGUGUUACGGUGAGCCUACGCCCUGCCAGCAGGAGCAGCCUUCAAAUGCACACCGUGUCCAAGCAAAACACAGGGAGGGUUUGUUGGUCAGGCUUUGUGCUGCUGGAGCUGGUAUCCGUGGCUGCAGCUGGAUGUUGGUGGAAGGAGAAGGAUGGGAAGCACAGCACCCCAUUGCCAAGGUGCUGAGAGCCCCUCAGUCUUCCGAAGCCAUCUUUUGCCCCAUGUGGUUUUUGCUUUAGUUGCUAAUGGGAGAAAGCAUGAGGGGGGUUGUUGGCUUUGUAAGAGAGCAAAGAGAACAGGGCUGUGGUAAUGUGUGAUGUAUUAAGGGAGAGUUUAUAGCCCGGGGAGUGAAAACCUGGCAGAGAUGCUUAAGAUCUGUCUGGUUCCAGUGUGUUUGUGUGAUUGAAAUGAGCGAGGGCACGUCGUGCUGCUCAGCACUAAGUGCACCUUUUAUACCUUUAAUACAACCUCAAGAGGAAUGUUUCUGCUGUGCCAGGUCUCUAUAAAAAGAAUCUGCUCCUGUAUGCAAACACUGUGUCCUGACAGCUUGGUUUUUCUCUGCUUGGUCUGCAGGCAAUCUAGAUCCCUUUUUGGGGAGGGGGGAGAGCAUUUUGCUGCUUUUCACCAAUGUGUACUUCUCAGUGUGCUGUUCUGGGGCUGUGGAAAGGUUUCCUACAGCAGCCCUCCUUCUGCUGCACAUUACAGCCUUUCUUUUGCCCUUGAGAUCCAUCUCUCCCAGCAGCACGAAGCCUCCUCCUUGGCACCAUGACUCCAGCUGUUCUUCCACCCGCUGUCCUCCAGGCCCUGGAGGACCAACUCCUCCACACCAACACACGCAAUGGGGGAAUACUUUCACCUUCUGCAGGAACCAGAGCUGUUGUGGGGUGGUUUUCCCAGCACAGAAGACCUGUGGUGCUACGUAGGCUUCUUUUGCUGCAAUUGGAGUGUGUGGUUUCCUUCCAGUGCUGAGCUCUGCUUGCCAGCAUCUGUUUUCAGAGGUGUAACUGUAAUCUCAUAACAUAUUGGAGGAGCUUCCACUGGUAUGCUGGUGUCAGUCUGCACAUAGCAAAUACUUUCUACUCUUCCUGUUUUUGCUUUUGUUUUUUCUGCACUGAUGAAGUGAGCAGGUCGUUGCCCCUGUGUGUGGUAGUGCUCUGCUUGCUUUGGCCAACUGGAACCAUCCUAAUUAGGAAGAACAAAUAUCCACCCAGAGCUCAUCCCGUAGGAGCAGGUCAGACUUAGAGUCAUGGAAUCAAUAGGGUUGGAAAAGACCUUGAAGAUGCCCAGGCCCAACCCCAGCCCACCCCCACCAUACCCACUGACCACAUCCCUCAGUGCCCCAUCCUCGCUGUUCUUGAGCACCUCCUGGGACAGUGAUGUUCUCCUCCAGGUGAGUGCCCAGCAGAGAGCUGAGAGCAGGCAGUAGAUCUCCGGCUGUGCUGAAGCAGCUGUAAGAAUUGCACAUAAAACCCCCUAAGCAUCUUACUGCUCCAAGGGGUUUCUUGCAACGCAGUAUGCUGAGGUAACACUGAACGUCUGGUUUGAGCAGUUGGGACAUUCACUUAGAGCUCUAACUCAGCCUUUUCUAGGUGAGAGCAGCUCCCUGUGAAGGAGGUUGGCUUUGCCAUCCCCCUUGGCUGCACGUUUAACUUUUCUGUUCCUGCUAACCAUGAUCAAUAUCCAUAGGAUUUCUGCCCGUCAGCACUGAUCCCAAUGCAUUUUAUGGCAUGACUCAGAUUCCCAAGAUGAAUUUCUGAAGGUGUGUGACCUGCACGUGCUCUGUGUGGCUGUGUGUUCCUGCGUGGAGACAGAGGGGGAGCGUGGGUCUCACCCAGUGCUCCUUAUUUUGCUGCUGUCACUGAUCAGUUAACGCCUUGCUCCAACCAUUGGGCCUUUUUCCCCCAUGCUUCAUCCUUGCCUGAUCCUGAGCAGAGGCCGUUGAUGGAAGCUGAUGGCAGUGGGACUUGAGGAAGAAAUCUCAACACACUGAUAAUGAAAGACACAUUUGGGGUGUUGGAUGUUGCAGGGAAAGCCUUUCAGAUCAGCUGGGCAGGGUCACCUGGGCAUCUGCAAGACCUGCCGGAUCUCUUGGAUCUGCCGGGCUGAAUCAUGGGCCAGUAAGCAGUUAACUCCUGAUUUCUAUUUUAAAAAAGCUCUUGGCAUCUCCAGCGGCUGAAAAGCCAGCUGCCAAUUUCUUCUAUUUUUUGGGUAGUGUCAUAAGGAAUGGGAAAGAUCUCGCAUUGCGUUAUACUGCCCCAGGCGCUCACACUGCAGCCAUGGUUUAAGUUCCUCUUGCGUUUUCUUUCUGUUUCAUCAGUUCUAUGGGAAAAGAAAUGCUGUUCACUGAAUUGCUAACCUCUGUGCUUCCCAGGAGCGUGUCCCAGAGGAUGCAGGGGUGAGCCUGUAAAUCUGACCAUCCUGCUGGGAUUACAGUGGAGAUCAUGGAAAUAACUUAGGCAUGUACGUAUCUCUGUUCUUGAGCUCCUGCACUCUUCUUCUGCUCAGGCAGCAGCUUUGUGCCAGCUGCCCAAAGAGCUGGAUAUGAGCUGAGCCCAGCAGCUGUGUGGUUCGGUUCUAAAUGCAGAGAUCUGGCUUUGCCUUUUACCUACACAAUGUGGGUUCUGCAUCCAGUUCACCUCUCCUGAGCAGGUACGUAUAUAGAAGUGCCUCAUCCAGACAGAAAUUCCUUGCUGUGAUUUUUAGGGUUGUUUCAAAGCUGGUGAAAAGUGCUGAUUUUAAAAUGAUCCUUCAGUGUUGGAAGCUGCGGGCUGUAAUCCCUUCACAGCAUCUCCGAAGGGAAAUUGAUACUGAAAGCAUUAACAUCAACUGCAUCUUGCAUAAGGGCAGCUGCUUGCAGCAGGAGAAACGUUCUUGGGAAGCUCUUCUGUCCACGUUAGGAGCAAGAGUGGAUGAGACUUGUGCUCAAACAUGCCCCAAACCUUUGUAAUCUGAAAACCCAGGGGCAUCCUUAGCAGUCUGAAUAUCAUUAUGAAUGCGUAUCAGUGGGGUAAGAACACAAUGUCUGUCUUCUAUUGGCUGUGCUGUGCCCUGUGCACUCUUAUGCUCUCAGACGUGGUGGUGAGAAAAUCCAAACAGGAGAUGACUUUGGCUUUAUCCUGAUCAUUUAACACCAUUUCCAGGGGCUGAAAGGCCAGUGCAAACUUAAAGGCUGUGGCAGUAACAAGCACAAUUACCGCCCGAGGCUCACGUCUGCUGGGUUGCGUUUAUGUCAGCGUUCUUGUGCGAUAAGAGCAUUUGUCAAAUUAACCUUAUGUGUGGUAAUUUGUUCAUUCUUGCUUAAAACAGAGCCACCAGACAUGUAAUUCACGCGUCUCGCCGUUUGUAAGCUAACUCCUGCCCACGUGAUGGGGUCUGGAGCAGCCCUUCCGUCUGUGUUUAACUGAGGCAAUGUAGUUGGUGGCAGUGCUACCCACAAACCUUGAUUUGGUUUUUUCUUUUUUUUUUUACUUAGGAAAAAUGGUCAGCUGGGAUGAUUUGUCAUUUUUAGAAGGGGUGAGGGGGGCUUUGUAUCAGUGCCCUCUGGAAGCUGAGCCUUUGUGGGCUGCUAUCACCUGCCCUGCUGGGCUGCAGUGUGGGCUGUGCAUGGGGGCUGGAGUUUGUCACUUCUUUGCUUAAGCAUUAUAGUUACUGGAACACAGAGUUUGGGGCAUACAGGUAAGAUCCUGCUAACUGGGAAGAACCUGGUGGGAAGGAUAGCAGCCAUAUUGUGCACCUAUUCAUGGCUGGGGUGUUGUUGGAGCCCUUUCUUGGGCAGAGGAGGAUCUAAAACACUAUGAAUUAAAACCUUGCUAUGCACACUGCCCCAGACCCAUAACAUUUAAGGGCCCUGUGAGCUGUUCAGAUUCAGUUACAGCAGCACAGAGCACCUUUCCCAUACAGAGCAAAGGGACAGAACCCUGUGAGCCCUUGGUGACAGUGUUACCCUUAUCAGCUGCAGCCACUGCUGGUGUCACCAGCGGUCAAAUGGAGAUAGCAUGGCUUGGAGGGAGGAGCUGGAGCUCAUGGUAACCCAAAUGCCACUUGGCUGCUCCUUUUGUUUUCUGAGUGUUGGCUUGCUGAGUCCCCCCCCCCCUCUCAUUGGGUACUGUUGAGGUUUCCUGGCAGAAUGUCUGCACUGUGCCUACCAGAGGGUGAUGUGUGUUACAGAUGGUAGUCCUGAAGAGUGCACGUGGGAAUAGAUUGCUUCCAGAGUGUCUUUCUGUGUGGGGUGGGAGCCCUGGGGAAGCAGAACGUCCCUCUCGUGGGGGAAGGAGCUUUGUGCUGGAAAGAGCUGGGAGUUGUUUGCAUUUAUUUAUCAUAACAUCACUGCGUGGUUGGGUUGAAAGGGACCAUACAGCCCCUCAGCCUGUGCCAUGGGGCUGGUUGUCCCCCAUCCUGAGUGCUGUGGGGGAUGGGGCAGCCUGGGUUUUCAGUGACAUGUCAUUCCCUUGCCCACCCCAUCCAUUACAUCUGCAUCCAUUCCAAGGUUUGUGGCUGGUGCUGAGGAGGCCGUGGGCCGGGCAGUGCUGACACAGGCAGAACGCACUGCUGAGGUUCUGCCUCCAGCCUCUGUGCAGCGUCAGUGAUGGAUGCAGUGCCUCGUCCUGUGCUGAGGCUGUAGCUGAGGAUGUCACCGUGACAAAUCGCCUCCCCAGGCCCCCCCCUUGUCUUUUCUCCUGUUGGGAAGAAGAUGCUGUGAGGGGAGACAGCUCCUGUUUCUAAAUGAUGCAGAGCAGACAGGUGUUCUUUCGGUUGUUUCCUUGCAAAGGAUUUCUCUGCACAGCAGUGGGUGCUGCAAACAAACCGGAGCAUCCAAAUCCUGGAGCUGUCACUGCACCUCUCUGUUUGGAGGAGAGGUUUCAGGCUGUGCAGAUCCAACCCCUUCAACACUGCUGGUCGGUGGCUGCAGCCUGCUGCUGUGACGCAGCAGUGCUGUGGGACGACAGCCUGGCUUUGUUGGUUGUUUUUCCCUGCAACCCAAUUGUCACUAAUCUGUCCCCAUCCCCGCUGCGGCCACUUGCGGAUUAAUCAGCCCGUAAAUCAAAGCAAAACAGAGUCUUUUUGCAGGAAUCUCAGUCCAACGCUUCCCAUAUGCUUGUUUGGGUUUUGUUUGCAAAUGUGGUAGGUUUGGUGAAAAGAAAAAGAGGAAGGGAAGAAAAAAAAAUCUCAGCUGUUUGUCAUGCGGAGCGUGAGGUUUGUAUGAGAGUGCUGAGCAAGCUUGUGCUGUGCUGGGUGUGUGUAUGGCCUGCCCUGGGAGCUGGGAAAGCUGCUCCUGGCAGGCUUUCUCUUGGGCCCUUUGCUCUGGAAUUGAGUUGAUGUAAGAAUCCUUCUUCCUUGAGCUGAGAGGGGGUGAGGAUGCCGAGGGGGUUUGGUGUCUGUGCCGGUAUCUCUAACGUCAGCCACGUGAAUGUGAGGUCAUGCAGCAUCCCUGGGACGUGUGUGGGAUUUCUGCUAUUCCUUCAUUUCUCUCGCUUCGAAAAAAUAAAUCCUUGGGAUAAAAGUGUUCUGCAGGUUAAUAAUGGAAGCGGUAUCUUCUGCAUAUGGCUUUUUAGUCAGGCAAUUAAACACCGGGGCAUCUUCUGAAGCAAGUUUCAGUCUGAGCCUUUGCUCUCCCCAUGGGUUUGUUCCCUUCCAUCCCCAGGUGGGUCUUUGAGAAGGGGUGAGAGUUUUCCUUGCUCAGAUCUAUGAAUGAAUUCCUGAAUGCUUUUUGAAAGCGCUUGGGUUUGCUUCUUUUCCUGCUCUCCAGUCCCAAGAAGCCACCAGCAGCAGUUCUGCACCCGGCUUGGCUGUGCAUCCCUGACUCCAGCAAUGACUUGGCCAUUGCUUCUCCUUUGGGACUUUCACACCUGCAUUAACUUCCUUCUCUCAGGGGAAAUGCACCAGAAGUGCCAGCAGAAGGCUUGGCUGAGGCUCAGCUUGGUAAGCCCUGAUCCGUUCUGUGGCUGCUAACAGAGCCAUGCUCAGUGACACGCUCUUCAGUUCCUUCUGCUUGGGAAGCUCUUCCCCAGUACGUGCCAGGUCUCAUGGCUCCCUAUGGAAGAGUUGCAUUGUCUUCAUUAUCUGCUUUCAAAAGCCGAUGGAUGUGGGCAAUAUCCUGGAGCUGUUAAUCUUGGUUUGACCUCAGCCAUAUGCCAAAGUGUCUCCUGCAGGCUGAAGGAAGGAGGCCACGUGGCUGCAGAGCUGCCCUGCAACUGCCCUGCUGUGCUAACUGCAUUUCUUCUGCAGCUUUCUAUUCUGAUGGGAGGCGUAGUUGAGCCCAGCACAUGUCUGCAUGCUGAGAAAAGAGAGUAUGAGUGGUUAAAUACUGAGGAACCGAGAGAUGAACUCCAGUUAACAAAUAGGUGAUGCUGAUCUGUGACAGUCUGCUCUCUGCCUUGAGGUCACCCGAAUGCCAUGAGAGUGAAGGAAGGGCAGUGCAGCGUUUGGGAUGUGGGGCUGGGUGUGUUGGUUGCUCAGGCUUACAGCAGGCAAAUGGUUUUGAGCUUAUAGAGGAGAUAUCUCUCGGAGGACAGGGUGAGCAUAUUGCAGAGGCCGUUGCCAUGGGUGUACCUUGACUUGUGUUUGGAUCUGUCUGAGGUGAUGCUCAGCAGUAGGGUGGUGCCAGGAACAUGGGAGCAAGCAGUAGUGGCCCUUCCAGCAUAGGGAAGGAGUCUCAGCUUGGUGUUUGUGCAGCAUCUUGCUGUGGAUAACCCAGCUUAAAGAACUAACUCACCAGUGUGGAGCUGAAUGUAACAUAAUGAGGUCCCUACGUGUGCUGUACCCACUGAGCUCAGCUGCACCAAAAUACAUCUGCAACCUCAGCGGUUCAGAAGCUCACCCUGACCCUGUGGUCAGGCUGUGGCCACUGGGAUGGAGUGUGUGCUGUGAUCCCCCAGAGCUGGGGGAAAGGAGAAGCCGAGCUGUAAGGGGACGAGGUGGUGCUCAGCCCUGCUCAGGGGGUGAAUCAGCAGAGCAAUGUGUUGUGUACUGCUGCAGAAGCCCCUUCCAGUUCGGACUUUCCGUGAUAUUCUCCCUGUCUGAAGCUUCUUGGGAUGCCCACACAGUGUGGGUUGGAAGGGCACUCACUCCUUCCUCAACUAGGGUGGCUUGCACAGUUUCAAGAGCUUGAAUUCUCAGAGGGCAGCAGUGGUGGCCCUGGCACGGGGCAGCUUAGCCCUGAGCAUCCAUCAUCCUUGCUUGCUGUAAGCAGGCAGUACCUGGGGGCAGAGCGUGACCCGGUGCUUGCCCUGCUUGCUGCCUCCUAUUAACGUCCUGCAGAGCUGCACAGUUGGAGUCACGGAGCACAGCAGCAUCUUGUCAGCAUUGAAGCAAAACCUUUGGCUGUCAUGUAUAAAGCUGUGAUGUCACCCAACUGAAGCUGCAGAGCUAGUAGGUAAAAAAAAACAAAAACUUAAUGCUUUUGUUUUGUCCUUUGGCCUUUACUCUGUUGCUAAAUCUGAGCUCUUGUUAUACAGCAAGGAGAUGCAGUCAUUGCAAAGUGAGAGCAUCUUUCUCUUGCAUAACUCUGGAUGCAGCUCAGGUAUUCCUACAGAACUAGCAAGGAGGCCUUUACACCAUGAUUUGCUCUCCUUUUCUGUUAUACCCCAUCUGGCAGGUUGUGAGAUAGGAGAUGCUAAGGAUGAGACUGCAAGUGUUUUACAUGGGAGAUCUCUGCAUGGCCAAAAGCACUGCGUUGUCUCGUUAAGCUCUGUGUGUUUAGAUCCAUGGUAUUAAAGUAACCUUAACAGCUUCUCUGGUCAACUGCCAUAUAUCCUUGCACACUGUGCACGGCUAUGGUUUUACAUCCCUGAAUUCAGUAGGAGCUUUGUGAGGGAGCAGCAGAAGAUCCCAGCAGUGUCCACCUCUGCACGGCCCCUGCUCGUGCUGAACCCCAGUUUGGCCCCUUGCAGCCUGCCCACGUGUUUUCCCAUAUGUGCAGCUCUUGGAUUAUUGCAGAAAGUGGAGAAUCACAAAAUCUGCCCCGGAUCACGUUAUGCAAUAGCUGAGCUGCUGGCGGUGAAUAAGCAGAUCCAGCUGAGCACAAGUGCUUCUGAAGGGCACCUCGUAUUUUCUGCAUGCGGACAGAGGAAAUGGCUUGUUGGCUGGGAGCUGGGUCAGGUGCCUGCCUCGUGUGUGGGUGCUGAGUGAUGGCAAUCGAUUUCCCACGCAGAUUGGUGCUGAGAGGUGAGGUAGCUUGAAGAACAGAAUCCUGUACCGAAAUGCUUCCCUUGGGUGGGAGAGCAGGGCUGUGUUAUGGGACUUAAUUUAGUGAAGUCACCUUGGAGACCUUUGUUUUCUGCGUAAGAGAAAAUCAUUUUAGCUGUUUUGUUGAAGUGAGAAGUAAUCCCUCCUGGGAGAAUGCCAGUACGUGCUGCAUCACGGGGUGAGUGACUCUGGCAAUGAAUAUCAGUGCUUGGCUUUGUUUUGAGCCAGAUCACCCCUCCUGCAAACAAACAUUGCCACGCUGCAUUGCUGGGUUUGAACUUCACACCUAGGAGGUGCCAGGGGGCUUUCCUUCCUGCAGGGCUUGUCUGUGUGUGGUGCUGGGAUAAAUCCAUCCUGCAAAGCAGUGCCAGGGCUGAGUAGGUGAGACAAGCCCUGGGGAUGCUGUUAUUGGUGAUGGAAGGUGGCUCUUACUGAUGCUGCCUGUGUACCAGGUUGGGAUGCAGCUCCUUGCGCCCCUGCCUUGGUGAUGUGGUGUGAUCAGAGCCAUGCAGAAGGUUGCAGAGAAGGGAGCAGCUGGAAAACUGCUUUGAACCAUCAGGAAACGGGGGAGAUGCUCCCAGCCCUGGUAGGGAUGCCCUGUGCCCAUCGUGCUGUUGGUAUGAGCUGGGGGCUGUGUGCCUUCAGGAGCAUUUCUGCUGUCCAGUAGUUGAUGGUUGUUUUGCUCCCAGCUUCAGAGAUGUGAUUGGAUUUGUUGAGAAGUUGUGACCAGCAAUCACUUCAUCUAUGGGGGAGCCAGUGGUGACCCGGGGGUGAGAGGGGCUGGGCAGGAGAAUGAUGGCAGCUGAUGUGGAUGGAGGGAACUUGUGAGUGUGGGUGAGGGGAAUAAAUGGAAGUUUGGACAGAGUGUGAAGCUGGGUGGAGACAGGAUUCUGCGUGUAGAGGGUCAGUGAUAGCAGAGAUGUGCCGUUGCCCUGGGAGCAGCAAAGCCAUCUGCUCAGCUGGGUGCCUGAAGGCAGGUAAGGAUGAUCCAUCCCUUCUGGGAAGGUUGUGUCUGGCUUCUUUUCAAGCACUUGGGUGCUUGAUGAGCGCUGCCCUGGCCCUGCGUUGUGCUUUGCCACCUCCCACAAUGGUUUUCCUUUGACAACAGCCACGUGAUGCUCCUUGGCACCUCCUGAUAAGUGAAACCCCUGAGUACUUCUGCCAUGCCACUGUCUGCAGGAGUUGAAGCCUUCAGUGACAAACUGGGGACAUUCCUGAGGAAGGAUGGUGCCACUGGCCUGGGGGGAAACAAAGGAGCCAUUCCCAUGGAAAGAAACUCCUACCAAUUCCUGUUAUUCCUCCUGCAAUUCAGUGAGCAACCACCUAGUAAUGUGUUCUGCUGCAAUGUUAGAAGAAUCCAUCUAAUUAUUGUGAGACAUCUCAAUUCCAACAGGGAAGAGGGAAAGAGGGCUCUGGGGAUGAUUCAGAUGAGAGCCGUCCGGAACUACACGAGGCCUUUGUCCUGCAGUUCUGUGCCCAUCUUUCAAUCACAAAACACUCUGAUUUGGUUCUGAGGACAGGGCCUGACUAUCAGCUGCUGCUCAGCCCCAUGGGCUGGGGAAUGGGUUUAUGGUGUCUGCAGCCCCAGCUGAGAGCAGGCAGCCCUGGGCAGAAGCUGGGAGCAGCUCACCCUGCCCUAUGCUGGGACUGGCAUUGCUGGCACUGCAGGGCGAUGGGAAGCUGCUGGGACUCGCGGGCUGAGUGCUUGCAGGGCUAUUUUAGGCAGCUGUAAAUGCUGCAGUGGGUGUGGAAGUGGUUUUGGGCCUACUUAAUCAUUUAUCCUUGUGCCCAAGUGCCUUUGAACAUCUACUCUUUGCACGUCCAGCCAGCAGGGAUGCUGUCGAGGAGUUGUCCAACUCUGUAUGCAUACCUGGGAUUGCCCUGAGCCAGGUGCAGUGCCUUACACUUGGCCUUGUUGAACCUCAUUAGAUUCUUGUGGGUACACUUCUCAGCCCCAUCCAGCCUGGAGGUGCUGCUGUGGGCAGGCAUGGGCUGUGCCAGCCAUGGGGGGGUGAGUGAGAAGCCUGGUCCCCGAGUAAGGAUAUGGAGAAAGGUUUGUCCUAACCAGGAGUUCUGCCACUUGUGUGCAGUGGUAGCAGCAUACCUGCUUCUCCUUGCUUUGCUGGGCUGGGGUAAAUAACUGUUGAUUGUUGGUGAGUUCAGCCCCAGGAAAGCCUCCUGCUGUUGGUGCUCAGCUGAGUAAGCCCACUGAAAUGUGCAGCAGUCCUUCCAGCUGUAAAGGUGUUCUAAAAGCUGUGGAAGAAUUAUGCUGUGCUCGUUUGCUUUACAAAUGAAUAUCUUUGCAUGCAAGAUCUUAUCUAACUUGCACGUAGGAGAAUGAUUGAAGGGAUAAGAUGGAGAGAGGCAGAGGUUUUAGAGGUCAGUGAUAUGAGGAGGAAGAAGAGCUGCAAUGCCAGUAAGAAAUACCAGUGGUGUGUGUCUGGGGGCACACAGGAGCCUGUUGGCCACCCCAGGACGCAGGCGGAGAUGGCCCACACGUGCCGUGGGACCAUCAACCUGUCAACAGCUCACAUCGACACCGAGGACUCGUGCAACAUUGUGCUGUCCAACGGGGGCAGGACGUACCACCUGAAGGCCAGCUCGGAAGUGGAGAGGCAGCGCUGGGUCACGGCACUGGAGCUGGCCAAGGCGAAAGCCAUCCGCAUGAGGAACAACCAGUCAGAUGACUCGGGUGACGAGGAGCCCGCCUCGCAGUCAGACAAGAGCGAGCUGCACGGCACGCUGAAAACCCUCUCGAGUAAGCUGGAGGACCUGAGCACUUGCAAUGACCUGAUUGCCAAGCACGGGGCGGCCCUGCAGCGCUCGCUCAGCGAGCUGGAGAACCUGAAACUGCCAGCUGAGAGCGGCGAGAAGAUCAAGGCUGUGAAUGAGCGAGCCACGCUCUUCCGCAUCACCUCCAAUGCUAUGAUCAACGCUUGCCGUGAUUUCCUGGACUUAGCAGAAACUCACAGCCGAAAAUGGCAGCGGGCGCUGCAGUAUGAGCGGGAGCAGCGGAUCCGGCUGGAGGAGACCAUCGAGCAGCUAGCCAAGCAGCACAACAGCUUGGAGAGAGCCUGCCGCGGGGCACCGGGCAGCACAGGCAGCGCCGGCACCACCAAGGGGAGCGUGCAGUCUGCCAAAGGAGAGGCUAGUGAUGAAGAUGAAGAGACGGAGUAUUUUGAUGCCAUGGAGGAUGCACCAGCUUUUAUCACUGUAACCGCAGACCCCAAGCACCACAGGCGUUCGGGCAGUAACCUGAGUGGGGCCAGCGAGGGCCACCCUGAGGACUGGAACCUGGAGGACAGCGUAUUUGAAAGCUCGAAUCAAAGCAGCUAUAAUGAGUCCUGCAAAGAUCUCCUGCCGAAGAAAAGGAGACGGAGCCGCAUCCCUGACAAACCCAACUACAGCCUUAACCUCUGGAGCAUCAUGAAGAACUGCAUUGGCAAAGAGCUCUCCAAGAUCCCCAUGCCUGUGAACUUCAAUGAGCCGCUCUCCAUGCUGCAGCGGCUGACGGAGGACCUGGAGUACCACGAGCUGCUGGACAAAGCAGUCAAGUGUGAGAGCUCCACAGAGCAGAUGUGUUUCGUGGCAGCCUUUUCGGUGUCUUCCUACUCGACGACGGUGCACCGCACAGCGAAGCCGUUCAACCCGCUGCUGGGGGAAACCUAUGAGCUCGACAGGCUGGAGGAGCUGGGCUUCCGUUCCCUGUGUGAGCAGGUGAGCCACCACCCCCCAGCAGCCGCCCACCACGUCUUCUCCAAGCGAGGCUGGACGCUGUGGCAGGAGAUCACCAUCGCCAGCAAGUUCAGGGGCAAAUACCUCUCCAUCAUGCCUCUGGGUGCCAUCCACCUCGAGUUUCACUCCAGUGGGAAUCACUAUGUCUGGAGGAAAGUCACCUCCACCGUUCACAACAUCAUCGUGGGCAAGCUUUGGAUCGACCAGUCUGGUGAAAUAGAGAUUGUUAACCAUAAGUCAAAAGAUAAAUGCCAGCUGAAAUUUACCCCCUACAGCUACUUCUCCAGGGAUGUCCCCCGAAAGGUGACAGGGGUGGUGAGUGAUGCUGAUGGCAAAGCCCAUUAUGUCAUGUCAGGCACGUGGGACGAGAAGAUGGAGUGCUCCAAGAUCGUGCAGAGCAGCCAUGGCAGUGCCGGCUCAGAGGGCAAACAGAAAACUGUCUACCAGACACUGUCCCCAAAGGUCUUGUGGAAGAAGUACCCCCUCCCGGAGAACGCCGAGAACAUGUACUUCUUCUCCAGCCUGGCCCUCACCCUGAAUGAGCCCGAGGAGCGCGUGGCCCCCACGGACAGCCGGCUGCGCCCCGACCAGAGGCUGAUGGAGAGCGGCCGCUGGGAUGAGGCCAAUGUGGAGAAGCAGCGGCUGGAGGAGAAGCAGAGGGCUGUGCGCCGCAGGAGGGAGGCUGAGGCUGUGGAGGCCCUGGAGGAAGGCAAGGACUACGAGGGCUACAUCCCGCUGUGGUUCGAACGGAAGGUGGAUCCCAUCACGGGGGAGCUGAUCUGCGCCUACAAAGGCGGCUACUGGGAGGCCAAGGACAAGCAGGACUGGAGCUCGUGCCCCGAUAUCUUCUGAGCUGCCGUGUUUGCUCUGGUGUGGCCAGCCUGCAGCAGGACAGACAGAUGGAGGGACAGGAGGACACACGGCAGCGUCCUGCCAGUGGUUGACAGUGCAAAUAAACACACACAGCGUCAAUACAGGCAGAAAUUCGACAGAGAGAAUCUAAACAGGGAUUCCAAACCUAUUUUUUUAUGCACUAAUAAAUAGCAUCUUCUUUCUUUUUUUUUUUAAACAGUGGCUUUUUCAGCUACUAAUGAGGAAAGAGGACACGUGGCUCUGGUUCGUUUUUAGCCUCGGGUAUUUAUUGCUGUCAGGAGCUGCUGCCUAUAUCUUUCAGCGCCUCGGCUGUAGUGGCUGAGACAACAACUUCCAAAGAUGCUCUCGUGGUGGGGAUGCCGUGCGUUUGUGUGAGCUCUUUCUUUUGGCAUCUUUCCCCCCCCCCCCCCCACUUGUUAAAAAGAAAUGCUGUUCCUGGUUCAGAUUCCUUCAAAAACAAACAAAACCAGCUGUGAAUCUCUGCCCAGAAAACAGCAGGGGCUGUGGCUGUUGCUGGAGGCUGCAGGUGGUUCCUACAGCUGCCCCCGUCGAACCCAUCAGGACGUUUCAGCUGGUGACCUGCUUUGUUUCCAUGACUGUGGUGCUGCUGGUACAGAGAGGGAGGAUCCAGGAGGUGAGGUCCCACCACGACAGAGGGAACCAGAAACCUGCACACCUGUGUUUUGUUUUCCUCUGGGUCUUUAUCACACCGUGCUGAGUGCUCCCUCCCGUGGGCCACCUGUAGCUGGACUGCCACGUCCCCAUCGGAAGAUAAUUAGCAAUAAUGAACUUUGAGGCAAUGGGAACUGCGAAACCCAUGGAACUCUUAUGCAAUCAGGUUCCUCCACCAUCAGUCUCCUCCUGGUUGGCUUCUCUUCCAGCACCUGCUGCCUGCAGCAAACCUGUGUGUACAGUAUACAUAGACCUCGUAUGGCAUAACAGUAGUGAGUGGCUAUUGGAGUGGCAACACCCACUGAUCUCAACGUACCCCUAAAUCUUAUUUAUUUGCUUCUAAUUUAUAUAUAUAUAUAUAUAUAUAUAAAUAUAUAAAAUUAUUUUGCUUAAAUUUCUAUGGUACACAAUAGAUGAAAAAAAUGAUGAAGACAGAUGUAUCUGUCUGAGUUUUUGUAGCACGAGGAUGAGUGCUUCCCUGGGCCCAUCCCCAGGCAGUGUGCGUAGGGGUGAUGGUGAUUCAUUCCCAAAGCAGAGAAGCGACGUUCUGCUCUGAAGCUCUGAAAGCUGCUGUGUUAGCUGGUUGGAUGCAGCUGGCUCCAGCUGUGCCACAUCCAGCCCCAAGGCACACAGAUCUGCGUUGGAGAUGCUCCCACCUGAAUAAUGCCUUAUUUUCCUCUUUCUUUUCUUGUCAAUGCAAGAGAGCUGGGAAAGGUGAGCAGCCCCUGCACCCCAGAAUGUCCCAGAGCUGGAGCCUGGUGUCCCCAGGACGCGGGGUGACAUUGCUCAGGGACUGUUGGCACCAUGUCCUACAGCUGGGACACAGCAAGCUCCUGUCCUCCGUUCCCUCCCCGCUGUGUCUCUCCCAGGAUCACCAUCACAGACUGCACAGCUUAGCAGAGCCUGGGGAGUGUAAGGAGUGCCCCAACAACACAAAUCCCCCCCCCUUCCUUUUUUAGGCUAAUUUUAAAACUUGUGGUAUCUUCCAGAGAUCACCAAGCAGCAACACUUCAUCUGAGCACCACCUCCUGGUCUUUCUAUUUCCCCCAUACCCCCCACCAAAGGAUUUUAAUGUCAUUCUACUGUAAAUGCUGUUGAAUGUAUUUCUUUUCGAGCAAUAUAUUGUGAGUGACCCCUCUUCUCCUACACGGUAAUAAAACUUGGAUUCAGGAGUUUUAAAA